AUGAUGAGGAUAUCAGAACCGAUUCUGGACAUGGACGUGGGAAAUUACAGUGAAGUUUUGGACCCAAAUUAUACCACUUUGGAAUUUGAAACGAUGCAGAUUUUAUAUAAUUCAAAUGAUAGUUCUGCCCCAGAGACAACAACUAUGAAUACCACAGACAACGGUGUAGGUGUCAAUUGUCUGUGUGCCAUAUGUGGGGACAGAGCAACAGGAAAACACUAUGGGGCAUCGAGCUGUGACGGGUGCAAGGGCUUCUUUCGACGCAGCAUACGCAAGAGUCAUGUUUAUUCCUGCAGGUUCAGUCGCCAAUGUGUUGUUGACAAGGACAAAAGGAAUCAAUGUAGAUACUGUCGAUUAAGAAAGUGUUUUCGAGCAGGAAUGAAAAAAGAAGCUGUGCAAAAUGAACGCGAUAGAAUAAGCACCAGAAGAAGCACAUUCGAUGGCAGCAAUAUCCCCUCCAUAAACACACUGUCACAAGCUGAAAUUCGGUCUCGCCAGAUCUCAGCCUCAAGCCCUGGGGUCAGCACUGACAUAAAUGUUAAGAAAAUUGCAAGUAUUGGUGAUGUCUGCGAAUCUAUGAAACAGCAGCUUUUAGUCUUGGUGGAAUGGGCUAAAUAUAUUCCUGCCUUCUGUGAGUUACCACUGGAUGACCAGGUGGCCCUGUUGAGAGCUCACGCAGGGGAGCACUUACUGCUUGGAGCUACGAAAAGAUCCAUGAUGUAUAAAGAUAUUUUGCUUUUGGGCAACAACUACGUCAUUCACCGAAACAGCUGUGAAGUCGAGAUCAGCCGUGUGGCCAAUCGGGUCCUCGAUGAGCUUGUCCGACCAUUUCAGGAAAUCCAGAUUGAUGACAAUGAGUAUGCUUGCUUGAAGGCAAUUGUGUUUUUUGACCCAGAUGCAAAAGGACUAAGUGACCCAGUAAAAAUUAAGAACAUGCGGUUCCAAGUGCAGAUCAGUCUAGAGGACUACAUCAACGACAGGCAGUAUGACUCCCGGGGCAGGUUUGGGGAGCUGCUCUUGCUCCUGCCCACGCUGCAGAGCAUCACGUGGCAAAUGAUCGAGCAAAUACAGUUUGUGAAGCUUUUUGGAAUGGUUAAAAUUGACAACCUGCUUCAGGAAAUGCUACUGGGUGGUGCUUCCAAUGAUGGAAACCAUCUUCAUCAUCCAAUGCACCCACAUUUGUCUCAAGAUCCAUUAACUGGACAAACUAUACUUUUAGGUCCCAUGUCAACAUUGGUUCAUACGGACCAGAUCUCAACUCCUGAAACCCCACUACCUUCACCACCACAAGGCUCUGGACAAGAACAGUACAAAAUAGCUUCAAAUCAAGCUUCAGUCAUUUCACACCAGCCCCUCUCCAAACAAAAGCAAUUGUGAGAAUGUGUUUACUUCUGAAUAGCACUGCACAAAUGUGAAAGGCUUUUGGUCUUGAAAUAUCUCAGGAUAUAACUUUUGGCAAACUCUUAGCCAAGGCUUCUUCAUGGUGCUGUUAUAAAAUGGUGUCCUGUUUUCUUGUUUAUAUGCUCAUUUUGUUUGUCUUUGCUAUGGUGUAAAACUUUCAUAUGCAACCAAUGUACAUUUGAGUUGGAAUUUGUUUAUAUAGUCUCCAACUGCCCCUGCACUGUGCCUGAACUGGUUAAAUCUUAUGUACUACUUUCAUUUGUUUUCAUAAUAUUAAUUUAAAUCUGUAAAUAAUUGCUUUGCUGUGAUGUGAUGCAGAACUAAGUGUUCUUUUUGGCUAAGAACAGAUCAGAAAUCCAAGGUUAAUAUGAAAUGAACCAGGUUUUUUUUUUUUUUUUUUUAUAAAUUAUAAACUUGCAGAUUAGAAAAAUAAAGCAGUGACUAUAGAGUAGAGGACAUUUCUUUGAAGAAGAAUCACUACUUAUGGGCAUUCUGUGGCCAACAAGCAUGUCUUUGGUUCACGGUUCUGAAGUUCAGAAUAUUAUAAAAAGCCAUUCUAAGAAUAACUGUAUACUCUUUGAAAUCUGUGUUUGAAGAUGUAGUCUAAGAUAUCAGUUAGAAUGUAAGCUAAACUGUAACAAAGAUGCCCCUAAAACAAUGUUUAAACCAAGAGAGACAUUUAUUUCUCUCUCCUCAAACAGUCUAGCAAUAGUCAUCCAUUGACUAGAAAUUAGCACAAACCUGCACCCAGGGAGGCCAGGGGAAUCAUCUUUGUGUAGGAAGCCUGUUCCAGCUAAUGCUGGAUAUCUCUGGGAGAACUGAACUGGGGAUAAAUU